GUUUCUUGGUGUUGCAUGUGAAGAAAUAACUGGGUUGCAAAGUAGACUGAACGUUUGCUUAAGUUAGGGAUGCCCAACAACUCUACACAAUCUUUGUUAUCUGAAUGAGGUUGGAGUAUUGGUGUUUUGGUGAAUACAGGGUCUCAGUCAACCUCCUCUUUUAUGAAUGUGUCAAAUUACCGACUCUGGAUUAGACUUUCUGGUGUUGCAGCAUGAUUUACUGUAGAAAAUGGGAUGUAGUGGCAGUAGCUGACAUAUUUUUCCACCAUGAUUCAGAGGAGGUCAAGUCUAUACAUUGUUUAUGCUCAAGAGCGUUUGUAAAUGACCGAGAAUUGUACCGUUCAGAUUUCAAGUCUAUCCAAGAAGACUUGAUUGACGAUACAUUUGAAGACCCCGAGGAUUAUGAUGGAGAAUCCUCCGUCCAUGAGGAUUUGUCAGAGGGUGAGGGAAGCAAUGAAAUGGACGAGGAGAGCAAACUUAUGGCAAGCAUGGGACUUCCAGUUGAGUUUGGCACCUCUUCUGCCAAGAAAGGAAAAGGGAGAAAACAUGUUCGGAAGUCAAUGCCUGCCAGCCAGCCAGAAGUGCUCUCUGAUGUCCAGUCUGAACCCGAGGACCCCGAAGUCUGUGUUGAGGAUUGUCUUGAGACCCGUGCUCUCUCUGAUGCUCAGUCUGAACCCGAGGACCCCAAACUCUGUGUUGAGGAUCGUGUCGAGACCCUUGCUCUUUCUGAUGCUCCCGAAGAGUCCGAGAGUCCAGUGAACCUGGAAGCCUGGGAGAAGUACUGGGCUGGGCAGGGGGAGGGCCUGCUCUGGCAGAGCUGGCUGGAGAAGCACCCAGAGAGCGACGGCUCCCCAGCAGUGGGCCCCUGGGACUGCCCCGAAACGAGGGAGGAGUGGGAGCUGCACACCAGCCAGACCUACCUCUACUACUGGGAACAGUUCUGCUACUGGGCUGCUCAGGGCUGGACUGCGGAGGGGGACUCCUGCAGCGCUGUGCCUUCUGCCAGUGAACCUCCACUGGAUGGAGAGCAGCUAGCAGCCGAAGCAGAAGCCGCGAUUGAAGGGCUGGAGCCUUUAGGCCAGGACACUGGGGACACUUGUUGCAGUGGUUUAGAGCAGGGAGAUCUAGGUAUGGGAGAUGUGACACAGCUGGUGGGGGGGCUGAGCUUACAGGUGGGGCAGACGGGCGGGGAUGUCAGACAGGGUAGGAUGCCCUCAGGAGACGAGUGCGCCAAGGACAGGGGUGAUGACAAGAGCCAGUCUGUAUCAAGCAGUGGCGGUCCUGAGGCAACAGACCGCCAAGGACACUCGAGUCAUUCAUCUGACCGCCCAGCACCGCGAACGCCACAUCCACCAAACGGCGAGGAUGGAGACGGUGAUGAUGAUCCUCCAGAGAGCAAAUGUGCCAAACUGAAGAGGAGGUUGGUUAGCAGGAGCCAUGAGCUGGACGUGGAGGAGAAUCCCCCCGCGACGGCCGAGGAGGCCUGGGCCCUGCUGGGUCUGAAACGCAGCGCAGAGCACAGGUUUGAGAGCGUGCUGAAGUUCAAACGAGGCCAGGAAGGCCAUGCAGGCUGGAAGACGGAGGGAAGCAGGAAGCAUCCCAGGAGGAAGAAAGCAGCCUGUAAGAUCAACAAGCACACCUACUUCCCCGAGGCAGGAGAGGCCUGCCCACCCUCCAGGAGCAAGGCCUUGCAUAAAGUUCAGAACUUCUUAAAACUAGUUCAGAGUGGAACUGAAGAAGAUAACAGAGUUUCCUCAAAACCUGAAGCUCUACCCGAGGAGCUCCAGCAGCAUCCUGCCCCCUGCCCCCCUCCGGCUCAACAUCCUGGGGAAGAGCAACAGCACAAUGCCCCCAGCUCAAGGCUGGAAGACAGCCACUCUGACCCACAUCUUCACAAGACCAUUCAGAACUUCAGUGAACCAGAACAGGAGGAGGAGGAGGAGGCGGCGGAAGAGGAAGAGGAGGAGGAGGAGGAGGAAGAAGAAGAAGCGGGGGUGGUUGAAGGCAGGAUGCAGAGAGAUGAGAACGCCCAGCCCAUGAGAGAGUUCUACAGCCUGGACAUCCCAGAUUACCUACUCCCUGAUCCUGCUGCCAACAGUGAAGAAGAGUGGGGCACUCCUGGCGGUGCGGAGAAAGUGAAGCCUAAUAAAAAGAAAAAGAGGAAGGCGAGGAAAAGACGGGCAGAUGCUGACAUGCCUCCUGAGAUUGCAGCAGAACCGGAACUAGCCAAGUACUGGGCUCAGCGCUACCGGCUGUUCGCCAGGUUUGAUGAAGGCAUCAAGCUGGACCACGAGGGCUGGUUUUCCGUGACCCCAGAGAGGAUUGCUGAGCACAUCGCUCUGAGGGUGCAGGCCAGCUUUCAGUGUGAGCUGAUCGUCGACGCAUUCUGUGGGGUGGGAGGCAAUGCUAUUCAGUUUGCCCUCACUGGAAAAAGAGUGAUAGCCAUCGACAUUGAUGGAGGCCGGCUGGCUCUGGCCCAGCACAAUGCGCAGGUAUACGGGGUGGCCGAUCAGAUCGAGUUCCUGCAGGGUGACUUCAUGCAGCUGGCCCCCAGCCUCCAGGCCGACGUGGUCUUCCUCAGUCCGCCAUGGGGCGGCCCAGAGUACCUCAGCGCAGACGUGUUCGACAUCAAGACCAUGAUGUCGCCGGACGGAUUUGAAAUUUUCAGGUUGUCGAAGUUGAUAUCUGAGAAUAUUGUGUAUUUUCUCCCUCGAAACGCCGACAUGGAGCAAAUUGCCUCUCUGGCUGGUCCUGGAGGAAGAGUGGAGGUGGAACAAAACUUUCUCAACAACAAACUAAAAACGAUAACAGCCUACUUUGGUCAUUUAAUCAAAUCUGACUCUUAGUUUCUGUUUAACAGUUUCUUUUAACAGUUCAUCUUUUCCAUCAUGCUCUCUGUUGGUCUGUUUUUUAAUUUAUUUUAUUGUCCCAUUUUUCAAUAUUGAAUUUGUACUUCAUACCAGUAUUUUAUAUUCAAAUUAAACUUGCGACUUGUUCUUGGUGGUUA